AUGUCUCAUGGCCACGCGGACUCUAAGCUGAAGAUGGAGCCAUCUUCCCUGAAUGGCACUCUGAAAAAUGACGACUCGCGUCCAUCCUCCCGCACAUCCCGAUCACCACUUCCCAAGAAGGAAGAGUCGUCUCCAACCCCGGAACCCGGCGCGAUGAAGGAGGAGCCCGAGAUCAAGCAUGAGCGGCCGAAGCUGUCUCGCAGCUCGUCAAGCGUGUCGCGCCCCCCGCCGCUAUACACGCACCUCCCGGAUAGCACCCAAGAUGCGCUUGCCACGUUCGAGCAGAUCCCCAGCUGUGUAUAUGCCAACAAAUACAUGGGGUUCACCGAGCUGGCGAUGGAGUGCGAUUGUGCUGAAGAGUGGGACUCGAAUCUGGGUCAGAAUCUAGCUUGUGGCGAAGACUCCGAUUGCAUCAAUCGCGCUACCAAGAUCGAAUGUGCGGGCGACUGCGGGUGCGGUGCGGAUUGUCGCAACCAGCGUUUCCAGAAAAGUCAAUUUGCUUCUGUGGCGGUGAUCAAGACCGAGAAGAAGGGGUUCGGACUACGCGCGGAAACGAAUCUCAACGAGGGCGAUUUGAUCUACGAAUAUGUUGGAGAGGUUGUGGCGGAACAGCAAUUCCGGAAGCGUAUGCGACAGUACGACGAUGAGGGAAUCAAGCAUUUCUACUUCAUGUCCCUGAGCACGGGUGAAUUCGUCGAUGCGACCAAGCGCGGCAAUCUCGGACGGUUUUGCAACCACUCCUGCAAUCCCAACUGCUUUGUCGACAAGUGGGUUGUUGGGGAGAAGAUGCGCAUGGGCAUCUUCGCUGAACGAUCGAUUCAAGCCGGCGAAGAGUUGGUUUUUAAUUACAAUGUCGAUCGCUAUGGCGCUGAUCCUCAGCCUUGCUAUUGCGGAGAGCCUAUGUGCACUGGCUUCAUUGGUGGACGCACUCAGACCGAGCGUGCGACGAAGUUGUCCAACGCAACCAUGGAAGCUUUGGGCAUGGAUGACGAAGAAGACGGUUGGGAUACCGUGGUCGCCAAACGGCCCAAGAAGAAGAAGAUGGGCGAGGACGAUGAUGAAUAUGUGGAAAGCGCACAGCCCAAGACUUUGGAUGAGGAUAGUGUUACCAAGGUCAUGGCAGCCCUGGUGCAGUGCCAGGAAAAAUGGAUUGCCGUCAAAUUGCUCGGGCGUAUCCAACGCUGUGAAGAUGAACGCGUGCGCAACCGCGUGGUCAGGAUGCACGGAUACCAGAUUUUGAAUUCACAGCUGGCCCAAUGGAAAGAGGAUCAAAACGUCGUGCUGCAGAUCAUGAACAUUUUGGACGGAUUUCCGCGUCUCACGCGAAACAAGAUCCAGGACUCCAAGAUCGAAGCUAAUAUCCAACCGCUGACGACCUGCGAGGAUGAUCGUGUGGCAAAGAAAGCCGUCGCCUUGCUUGCGAGCUGGGCUGGGCUGGAAGUCGCGUAUCGAAUCCCGCGCAUGAAACGUGGAAAAGAUGCGAAACAGGCAAUCAACCAGUUUGAGCGUCGCGAAACUGGGGGUCAGCAGCGUCAACGAUCCCUCACCCGUUCCCCAUCACCAGUCUACGAUGCUCCCCGAGGUCCAUCGCAGCAACGACGUGACAGGGGCCCCCAGCGUGGACCUAGACAACAGAAUCGCCGUGGCCCUCGGCCCUUACCUGAGGGGUGGUACGCCGCAGAUUCAGAUGGCCGUACAUACUACUAUUCCAGGUCCGGAAAGACAACGUGGGAGCGCCCUACUGCCCCUGAUACGCCAGCCGCUUCUACUCCGGGCCAACCCUCUAAGAACCAGCAGAAUCUCGCACUGCAGAGCAUCAUCGACGGAAUCAUGAACGCGCAGGAAGACACACCUUCUGAAAAUAAGACUGACACUCCGGCUACUCCUCAACCGGCAGACCUGCCAGAGAAGAAAAGCAAGGAGGUGGAGAAGUGGCGAAAGCUCCCCUUGGAGAAACAGAAAAAGAUAUACGAAAAUACUCUUUUCCCACAUAUCAAGGGUGUGGUUGACCAAUACAAACACAAGAUCCCAAAAGAUGAUCUGAAACGAUUCGCCAAAGAGACUGCGAAGAAGCUUGUGGAAAGCGACUAUAAGAAGAACCGCGUGACCGAUCCCACCAAGGUCAGCAGUAAGCACCAGCAGACCGUCAAAAGCUACUGCAAGUCCUUCUUCGACAAAGCCGCAAGCAAAUAUGAGACUCGCGAAAAGCGCAAGUCUAUGAAGUCAGAGGAUGCGACUCCAGUCCCCGACGUUGAUGCCGAUGUCGACGGUGACGCCCAAAUCCUCGACGAUGAAGUCGCCUUGCCAUCUCCCGACGACGAAGAGGCCUCUCUCAAGCGAAAGCGCGAGGGAACUCUGAACGUCGACGGUGCAAACGAUGGUGACAUAUCACCCUCCAAACGACAGAAAUCCACGCCCCCUCCGCCACCUCCUCCCCCUCCCCCUGCCGAUUCACCAGACGGUGACGGCGACACCAAAAUGGGAGAAAACAACACCUCCCCUAAGGACACCGACGUUAAUAUGGAGAUACCGACCCAGAACCCACAGACCAGCACCGAGGAAUAG